AUGAUAAUGUUUAGAUUUACAAAACAAAUAAAUUAAAAUUAAGAAUUAUUUCUCAAAUUCUAAAAUAAAUAUUUUAUUUAAGAUUGCAAUUUACUUAUGGAAGAUAAGAUAACUUCAAUUAUUACAGAUGAUAGAAUAGAUGAAAUCUUACAUCUAAAUGCAACGAAAGAGGAGCUUCUUGUAAUCCUAAAUUAUAUCAUUAUGGACUAUAAAAAAUUUUAAAUGACAGAUAAAAUUUUGCUACAAUCUCAAAAGAUGCAAAAACUUACAUUAGAAGAGUGUAUAGCUAAUCGUUUUGUAUAUUUAUUUGUUCCAGGAGUAAAAAAUUCUAUGGAUUCCAAUUCUUAAAAAGAGGUCAGAUAUACAUAUGAACCUAAAGAUGGGAAAAUUUGUAAAGAAAAGUAUAGAAAUGGGCGUAAAACUGAAUCAACAGAAAUCACAUUUGAACAAAUAAAUAAAAUGCUAUCAUCUUUUAAUUAAAGCACAGGGGUGUUUUUGUCAAGCAAACCUAAUUUUGCAGAGAGUAAAUUCAUAGCUCCAUUACUUCCAUAGGAAGAAGUGGCAAAGAGAGAAAAGGUUUAAGUAAAAGGAGGACAAAUGUUGUAUGUUUAAUAGCCAAGAAAGAAUAGACCUGCUUUUAGAAAUUAUACUGCUGAGGAAGUUUCAAAACAUAAUAAACCAGGAGAUGUUUGGACAGUUUUAAAUGGAAAAGUGUAUGAUAUUACAUUAUAUAUGGAUUAUCAUCCUGGGGGAGUUGAGAAAUUAAUGUUGGGAGCAGGUAAAGAUUGUACAAAAUUAUUUAAUUAAUUUCAUUCUUGGGUUAAUGGACAUGCUUUUUUGGAACAAGAUUAUAUUGGUAAUCUUAAGCAUUGAU